GAAUUUCCCUCCUGCCACUCCUGAGAGCGCAAGAGAGGACAAACGUUACGGAUUAAGCGCUUCUCCUCAGAGAGGAAAAAGCGAAAGGCAGCUGAUUCGCCUCCAUUUCUUUGUCAAUCAGCAUAUCUACACGUUUCCACGCUCCUUCAGGGCAUUGUUUUGGAAAAGAAAUGUGUUUUAUAUCAUUAUGAGUCUCGAAUCACGGGCUAUGUAUUACGACCUCUUUUAGAACAUUUGGUGGAAUAAACGGGGCACUGUCGGAAAACAGCAUUUAUCAAGAAUACCGUGAUUUGCAGGUUUCGGUUUUAGGACUUUUUUUCCGGCUGUUCGGUUGGGAUUGCUGUCGCUGGUCACUUCUUUUGCCUCUGAGUUUCUGGGUGUUCGUAGGUGGCUGCAAGAGUUCUCCAAACACAUUUUUGGACAAGGAUUUUAUGUUUACUCAGCAGAUACAUCUGGAUUAUACUCGGAUUGUUUAAAAGCCAGUGCAAAGCCAUCAUCAUUACUUUUCGGAGAAGGGAAAUGCGGAGUAAAAACGGCGUCUAGAAGGAUGCUGCUGCUUGUACAAUGGAAGUGAAGAACUCUUUUGCUGUUGUUGCGGUGGUUUGUCUGUUCUUUUGCUCCAGUGUCAGCCAAGAACUCAACCCCAAAGGCAGAAAUGUAUGCAAAGCACCUGGAUCAUCAGGAUUUGUGUGCUGCAGUGGAUGGGGGCAGCUAGGCGUUGAAUGCUCGACACCUCUCUGUGAAGGCAACUUCACCUGCAAGGAAAAUGAGGUGUGUGUCAGGCCGAAUGAAUGUCGCUGUCGUCAUGGAUACUUUGGAGCUAGCUGUGACACUAAGUGCCCUACACAGUUCUGGGGCCCUGACUGCAAGGGAAAAUGUCAAUGUUACCCCAACGGCCAGUGUGAUGACUUGACUGGCGAGUGUACCUGCAACCACAAUCGUUGGGGACCUAACUGCGAGAAUCCUUGCUUAUGCAAAAAUGGCAAGUGUGACCAAGAGACUGGCAAAUGCACAUGUCACCCGGGCGCCUGGGGUCCCCAGUGCAAUAACAACUGCCACUGUACCAGCAACUCUGUCUGUGAUGCAAUGACGGGCCGAUGUAUGUGCAAUCCUGGUUGGAUGGGGAGGAGCUGUGGAACUCAGUGUAACUGUAACGGCUCACCAUGCGACCAGUUCAUGGGGCGCUGCCAGUGCCGGGAGAGGCUGUGGGGCCAACACUGUGAGCGCUACUGCCAAUGCAUCCACGGCAAGUGCAACCAGGCUGACGGUUCCUGCACCUGCACACCAGGGUACCGUGGGAAGUUCUGCAGAGAACCAUGUCCUGCCGGAUUCUAUGGUCAAAACUGCAGGAACAGAUGUGGGCACUGCAAGGGCCAGCAGCCCUGUAAGGUGACGGAGGGACGCUGCAUCACCUGUGACCGAGGUUGGAAUGGAACACGAUGCGACCAGCUCUGCUUAAAGGGCUACUUUGGCGAAAAUUGCCAGGAAGUAUGUCCUCUCUGUAAAGAUGGUCACCACUGUGAUCCUAUUCAUGGCAAGUGCUCUCACUGUAACGCUGGCUGGAUUGGGGACAGGUGUGAGGUGCGCUGCCCCAACGGCACAUAUGGCGAGAACUGUGAGAACAACUGCAGUCACUGUUUUAACGGCAUCUGUCAUGUUGUCACCGGAGAGUGCUUGUGCGACCCUGGAUUUUAUGGCACCUACUGCAAUAUGACCUGUCAACCUGGCCAGUAUGGAGUAAACUGCAACCAAACCUGCUCCUGCAAUGACAAGAACUGUGAUCCUGUGUCUGGUGCUUGCCAUCUCCUGCCCAACCAGCGGAUGGGCGUGAUCGCGGCUGGAACCUUGGUCUCUUUUUUACUGAUUGUCCUCCUCUCACUGCUGUGCUGCUGCUGCCUGUGUCGACACAAAGAAGACCACAACAAAAAAGCCAAGCGGAUCCUGUGUGGACGAUUCAGCCGAAUCAGCACUAAACUUCCCCGUAUUCCACUGAGGCGACAGAAACUGCCCAAAGUUGUCGUAGCCCACCACGACCCAGAGAACUUCAACUGCAGCUUCAUCGAGCCUCCGUCAGUGGCCGAGCAGCCCUCCCCCUCCUCCUGGUCGUCUCAAGAGUCUUUCUCUUCCUUUGAGAGCGGAGACGAGGGGCCAGUUUACAGUGUGCCCCAUGAAGAAUCUGUGCAUGAAAGCAGAGAUAAGCGCAGCCCUAGCCCAGCAGCAGAGAACCCAGAAGAUGAGGACGAUGCAGGGGAGUACACCUCCCUGAAAGACACCAGUGUCUCAAAACUAGAAGGCAGCGAGCAGCCCCUGCUCAAGUCCUCUGACAGUGAAGGCUCCACCAGUGGCUCUGAGUCCAAUACUGCAGCCCUCUAUGCCCGCAUUGCCCGCCUCUCCAAGCAGUCCAAGGAGGACGAUGGCAGCGGCAAGGAUGGAGAUGGCACUCCUACUCCAGAGGCAAAGCGAAAUGGAAAGCCACCACCUUCACCUGGCAAGCCCAAACCACGUCCUCCAGACCCCUCCACUAAGCCCAAAGUAUCGUGGAUACAUGGAAAUACUACAGGUUCUCCCCAGCCAGAGCAACAGGGGCAUGGGGGAAUGAAGGCCCUUGCAGUGCCAAAGGAGAAAAAGAGGAGCUCCAGCACUUGCUCAGCCAGAAGCGAGGAGCAGCAGAAAAUGAAGGAGAGGAGCCGUGAGCAACAGAAGAAACAAGAGGGGAAGGAGGCAGACAUCAAUGGCUCCCCUAGCAAACACAAGCCUCUGCGAGGCAAGAAGUCUGGGGAUGAGCCCAGCAGUCCCAGUCACAUGGAGCACAUCAAUGGUGUUGUGCAGAAUGCCCUCAAGAAGAUAAGUAGCUUCCACAACACCUCACCUGAGAAGAAGGGUGCUGACAUUCCAAAGGAGACCACCAAGGAGCCACCCAAGAGCCCCAAGGUCAUCCACCCUCAUAUGAACUCUGAGGCUGCCACACUCCUGGCUGCUCAGCUGAAGGAGAAAACCCAAAGCAUCAACAGGAACGAGGGGACAGGUUUGACGAAAACCAACGGUCUCUCCACACCCAAGGGAAACCGAGAGAAGCCAACACCUCCACAGAAAGCCAAGAGGACCCCCUCCAGCGGAUUAAGCCAGCAGGGCUCCACCAAGCCCUUACUGCCAACUUCAAACAGCCUCCAGAAAAUGGUGGCUCCAGUCGCCACCGACCUCGGGACCCCUGAAGCCAAGAGCCCGGAGAAGCAGGACUUGAACGGCUCAAGGGCAGGGGACCCGAUGUUUGAUCCCACGCCAAAGAAAACUCCCAUGAAAAAGCCACCAAGGAAGAAAGGCAAGGAGGGUACUUUGGAUACAUCGGAAAGUAAAACGCCCCAUCAGCAAAAGACAGCCAUCAUGCCACCACAGGUAGUGAAAUAAGGGUUUUUAAAGACAAAUGACCAACGUGUUUGAUGGAUUUCAAAGAGACUAAAAUGGAUUUGUUGUAAGGUGAACCAUAUCGUUUUUCAAUCAAGGGACAUUUUCUAUGUAAGUGUGUUGCGACUCCAGGACUAGGAGUGAGAAAUACUUUUAAAUCAAGGGCGUAAUUGAGCCAAAUUGGUGAGUUGUAUUAUUAUGACCUCUAUACACCAUUGUAUUACAUUUCAAGGAUCGUUUAUCAUAUAAUGACUAUGCAACAUCCUCCAUAGUUCAUUCAUCUCUAUUCCAUUGCAGUAUUUCCACCACUAUAUUUAUAUAUGGAUUGCUUUUGAGGUUGCAUAACUGUAAUUCUCUAUGCAGGUGUAGGAAAGAAAGCUAUUUUUUAUGUGCGCUAUCCAAAGGUACUAAUGGUACUUAAAAUAACCAGAACAUUUGAUCCUUUUAGGAUUGCAAGCUAUUUUGAUUUAUUUGUUAAGUUUGUGGACCAAGAUACAUUAAUACAGUUCAAUACUUGUCGAUUAAGAGCAACACUUGAAGUGUGAAUUGUUGGGGAAUUUCUUCAGCAAAGAAAUAACCUUUUUAUGUUCCUUGGCUAUUUUGCUAUUAUAUCAAAGUUUGAUAUACCAAAAUAUAAAGAAACAUUAUUCUUUGAACAACUUAAUUUGACAUCCCGAGUAUGCCACAUUUAGGAUCUAAAAGUCCUCUGUUCUUGUAAGUCACACUUAAUUCCUCAUUGAGUUUUAGGGCUCUUCCCUUAGACCUUUUUUUCAAUUUUGGAUUUUAACACUUAGCUCUCCUUUGUUUAACUCUGUCAGACAAUGUUUGUAGAAACCCAAACAAAUGCUUUGAUUUAUCUGCAAAAAGGGCUGCUUUAAACCUCUUUCAUACUUGGGCUAACACCAAAUCACUAGAAUGUGCUCUUACUGUACGAUUUAUUCAGUCAGCUAAACCACUAAACCAAAAAUAAAAUCCCAAGCUAUCUGAUCUCCUCACUUUGUCAUGCUUAGAAAUCAUUUAAAACAGAAUCCUUUCUCUGUACUACAGCAACAUCCACAGUGUAUCUAUGCUGUAUUUGAGUAAAACAUACUACAGGACACCCCAUAAAUCAGAUGCAGUAAAUAUUUUUUGUUAAAGCAAUAACUGUUGGUAGAAUUCUCGACAGAGCCGACUACAAGAGGAGACUGCCAUGUGUCUUUAUCUGCUCUUUUAGUUUAGUCGAGAAACUAGGUCAAUAUCCCAAACUGAGCUACUCCCUUUCACAUAAAUUUGUUUAUGCCAUCGGGGAAUUAAGUGGAAAAACAUCUUGUCACGGAUGUUUUGCCCCUUAAGGAUCGUAUUAUCUUAAGCUAGUAGACUUAUGCUAAAGGUUGCUUCGAUUUAAUUUGUUUUAAGGGUAGGUCAGUAAGGUUAAGUGGUACCAUGCCUUGAGCUUUGAAAUGUGCCUCAACUGUAGAUCAGUUUAAGCAAAGAAGCCAUGUUUGCCUUAAUGUUGUUGCCAACUUUUAUUUCAAGUGUAGAUCCUAAAAUAAUUAUACCAAAAAGUUGGUGGGGUGGAAUACUUGAACUGGAAUAAUUCAGUUUGUGUCACUUAUUGGUGGAGAGCUAUUUUGAAAGUAGCAUUUAAUCAUGAUUGCUAAACAAUGGAUGAUUGUUAUGGUUAUGGUGAUUAUGGCAUGUUUGUUAAUAUGCCAUUGGUAUGUUUGCGGUUGAAGAAUAUUUUAAAUUCAAAGCUAAUUGAAUUUUUUUCUUGGUUUUAUGUGUUUAUAUCAAGGUACAACGCAUUUCUUUGGUUAUUUUUUCAACAUUUUCUACUUGUAUACAUUGUGUACUUUUAUUAUCUUUGUAAGCUGUGCUUAUAUGACCUUUGUAGUUCUGUUUUCCUUGGUGUCAAUGAACUGGCUUUCAUGUUGUAUUUGCUUUUCCUUUUUCUUUUGUUAUGUUGCUUAUUCUAAGCUCUGAAGCAAACCUACAGUAUGAGUACUUUCCACCUUGUAAAGUUUACAUUGGCUUUGUAAUUGUUCUCUGUUGAUGUUAUUGUUUGUUUAACACUUAACUGCAUGACGCAGAUUGUAAUUAUACAGCAUUAAUAGCUGCACCGGAAAUCUGUAACUUUUUGUUCCCUUCAGUUGUUAUGAUUGCCCCCAUAAAUAAGAUAAACUCAUACGGAAAGGAUUGUACAAUACUACUAUGAUACCACUGUUGAAAUAAUUGCAUAUACUUAAAAACAUAACUUUGUGUUAUUUUGAAGUGGCAAUUUUUAUCUGACUGGCCCAUGCCUGUUUUUAUAGGUACACAGUGCAUUUUUGUAAAGAGGAGCCUGAAAAGCUGCAGAAACGUUACCAACUGUAAGGUAUAUUUUGUCUUUUGUGGUUUGUGUUUAGCGACAUUGAUUUCCAUUUGUGUAAGGGUAUUAAAUUGGUGUUUUCUCAUUUACUUCUUUGGAAUAAAAAAAGCAAUACAUGUAGCUGUAUAAAAAACAGAA